AGGGCUCAGAGCUCUAGGCUUCUCAUCAGCUCUCUUGCCUUCCUCCUCCUGGUGAACUCGGUUUGCCUCCAUCGCAGAAAGAUGACUUUCCUCCAAGGCCAGUGUGAUGAUGACUGCUAUUCUCCCUGCAAUUACGGGAGCCUGUAUAGUUACCGGAGCUAUGACUGUGGGAGCCCCUGUGGCUACCGGGGCUAUGGGGGCCUCUACGGCUACCGGGGCCUCUACAGCCUUGGGGACCGGUAUGGCUAUGGCGGUCUGUAUGGGUACCGGGGCAUUUAUGGCUCUGGGGACUCCUAUGGCUAUGGGGGUCUCUAUGGCGGCUGUAGGGGCUUCUAUGGCUCUGGGGACUGCUAUGGCUACCCAGGCUUUUACUCUGGCCGCUAUGGCUACCCCUUCAGUUCACGAUACAGCCAAAGGUUCGGCUAUGGGAGCUGCUACCCCUGCUGAACCCAGCAGGAACGUCCCUGAAAUGAAGAUCAACCCAGGUCUGGCAAGCACAGAUUGACGGUGAAUCUUGGCAGCAGCGGUCCCUGAUGUGCAGAGCCCCGGUGACAGCAGCCACCCUCCACAGAGGCUUUGAGUGCUCUGCACUGCUGUUGAAGUGCUUGUGAUGAUUUAUGUUUAUUCUGCUCUGUCUCCUUGCUCUCUUGCCACCCAAACUCUCCUCUUGAUCAAAAGUUUGCUUCUCCUUGAUACUGCGGUUCUUUGUAACCUGGCUUUUAUGUUUGUUGCAAUGAUGUACAAAACAUUAACUCUGAAUGAAUGGUAUAGGCAGGGUAUAAUGUGUCUUUGGGAACGUAGUCUUUCAGUUCUGUAUGUCUUUAAAAGUAUAUCUGCGUUUCACUCAUAUUAAAAAUUAUGCUGCAUUAA